AGGUUAUUACAUUGAAAACGUGAGCGAUGUGUCACAGACUCUCCAUCUCUCUCCCUCUCUCUCCAGCAUCCAGUGUCUCUUUCUUUCAGCAUCUUUGUUUACUGCUGGAUUUUGACUUUCAUUAUUUUUUUCUCCCCUCCUCCCUUUCUUUUUUACUGUCCCUCUCUUUUCUUUCUUUCUUUUUAUUUCUCCCUCUCUCCACCUCGCUCUUCCUCUUUUGUCUCUCUCUACCUUUUCCCUCUCCCUUCCUCUCUCUCUCUCUCUUUCUCCCUCUCUCUUUUUGAUCUUUAAAAAGCACAGUAAGGAAUAAAAAGACUUCUCGCAUUCACGGAAGGGAAGAAGCCCCUCAUUCACACAGAAUUUCUGGGAUUCAGGAAGGAAGCCCUUUCCCCUUCUCUUCUGGAAUUCUGAGAGGGGUAUUCCGGAACCGCAGCAUUCCAUAUGGGAAUUCGGGAAUUCUGCCCCUCUCCCACAGGCAAAUUAACAGAAAGGUCCGCUAUGCAGCUGCUGUCUGAUCACAGCCCUCGCCGCCUCUCUGACAUCAGCUCUCAGCUGAGGCAGCUCCGGUACCUCACCGUGGAGGAUCCCAUCAAAGAGGAGCUGAAAUCAGCCCGCUCCUUCCUGGACGUGAACAGUGCGCUCGGGGACCUGUCCACCAUCGAGGUGCGCAUUCUCCGAAUCACCGGAUACUACCGGCACAGCGCCCAGUGGUCACCCAGCUCCUAUGACCCACAGCGAGAGAGGUCGGCUCAGUCUGUUUCCGUGACGACGGGGGUGGAGUCUGAGAGCAGUGAGACCGUGGUGAAGCCGCACUGCCGCUGGUGCCCUCUAGGGGUCCUCAGGAAGCUGGCUUGGGGACUGGUGCUGGCGUGCUGUGUGGCCGUGUCCUGGGCUGGCUCCACCCACAUUGCCAAGAUGGCGCUGCACACUAUCAACGCCCCCUUCUUCCUGACGUGGUUCACCACCACGUGGAACCUUCUCUUCUUUCCCUUGUACUACGUGGGACACUUAUUCUGGGCGGAGAAGAGGCAGUCACCACUGAAGCAGUUCAGGGAGUGCAGUGUGUUUCUGGGGGAGGAUGGCUUCACGCUGCGUGUUUUCCUGAGGCGGACGGCCCCCUUCUGUCUCCUCUGGAGCCUCACGACGUACCUGUACAUGCUGGCCCUGCGACGCAUCAGCCCCAGUGACGCGGCCGCCAUCUUCUGCUGCAACAAGGCCUUCGUCUUCCUGCUGUCCUGGAUCAUCCUGAAGGAGAGGUUCAUGGGCGUCCGGAUAGUGGCAGCCAUUCUGUCCAUCACAGGGAUAGUGAUGAUGGCCUAUGCAGACGGUUUCCAUAGCGACUCGAUCACGGGCGUGGCCUUGGUGGUAGGCUCCGCCUCCAGCUCUGCACUUUACAAGGUCCUGUUCAAGCUGUUGGUGGGGGAGGUGAAGUUCGGGGAGGUGGCUGUGUUCCUCAGUGCUCUGGGGCUGUGUAACCUGCUCCUGCUCUCCUGGCUCUCCCUCAUCCUCUACAUCACCAGAGUGGAGUACUGGCCCUCCGCUCAGCUCGUUCCCUGGGAGCAGCUCUGUACCCUGGCUGCUCUGCUACUGACCUUCAACGUGCUGGUGAAUUUUGGGAUUGUAUUGACGUACCCCUCCCUCAUCUCUGUGGGGGUCUUCCUGAGUGUCCCAGCCAACGCAGCGCUGGGUCUGUCUCUGACCAGGGGGCUGCAGUUCAGUGAGGUGCGAGUUGCUGCCGCCGGGAUCAUCGGCCUGGGCUUCUUGCUGCUUCUCCUGCCGGAGCGCUGGGACGAGGCUGCGCUGCGCUGCCUGGCCCGGAUCACGCGGGAGCGGAGGAGAGAGGAGAGCCCGGAGGAGGCAGGGGAGAGCAGCCAGUCAGCCCGGAGCAAGGGCAAGCCAGUCGUGGGGGCAGCGCUAGCAUGAGCCUCAGACAGGGACUCACCACACCACAGCCUGUACACCAGGGCUAACCAAGGCUUUACAGCCACUCCUUACCUUGUUCUAGCAUAACUGGUCCCCUUUUAAAAUACAUUUCCAUCCCCCUUACUAGCAACAUUAGAAACGACCCUAUUUAAGUGUUAGCCUAAGCUUUCAAAUCCAUGUUCUUACCUCUAAUUAGAAAUUAUCACUGCCUCUUUAAGAGUUAGCUCUUAUUAGCUCUAGCAACAUAAUUAUGGAUCCCCUUUAAUUCAGAUAUUGCUAACCAAAAAUAUGUCCUCGCCUUUUAUUAACACUACCAGCAACACCACUAGAGCUCUCAAAGUCAUGUCUAAGUUCAUCAAGUUCAACCCUGAACCUGUCCCCCUGCAGUACACUGCCCCGUGGUGGAUAGAAGGAAUACACAGUUAAGUGUACAAUCUGGUUUCUAGUGCUAGUAACCAAUAAGACGAUGGCUUUUAAAACGUUGGUGAGCAACUUGGCUGAAAAUGCAACUGAAGAUUGUUGAAGAAAGUAAAUCUGGACCAAUAUAACGUUUUCAUUCCAAAGUGUAAUUUUAGUGUAAUUCAUGUGACUUGGAAACAAAAUAUUACUUUGAAAGGAAAAAAAAAAAAGAUUUGUAUUUAUUGUUUACGUAGCUUCAGACAUUUUUACAUUCAGAGUGGUUCCGCUGCUCCAGUAUUGUGUUCUUAUCAUGUUUCUCUAACCCUAGCUUAGAGCUGCUGUGAGCUUGACUGGAGAAUCCUAACUGCCAGAACCGAACAGCCGUUCUCAUUCCGUUCAAAUCAUGUGACAGUGUGACUAGCUCCACCUACUCUACAUGAAUACAGACAGAUAGAGGAGGAGGGGCCAGCACAGGUUAAAGGUCACAGUGUCACAUGAUUUGUGUUGAAUGAGGAAGGCUGUUCAGUACUGGCAGUUUCUCCAGACAAGCUGAAAGCAGCUCUAAGGCAGGUACAGGCAGGGUUCGAGAAACGUGAUCAGAACUCAAUAUUGGAGUUGAGAACGACUCUGAAUGAUUACAAACAACAUCAACCAGUCAGGGGUGUGAGAAAGGAAACAAUCAGCUACUUUAGUGAACAAUUAUACCAAAAACGAUUCCAUAAGUUUUAAAACUAAAGUGAGUUUAAUGUCUAUGGCACUGAGGCUCAAACUAACAGCGCCAGCCUGAUAUCAUUUUCCAGCUCUGAUAAUUAUGUACAGAUUUUGUAAAUACAUUUUCAAAUAAAGUUUUGCUGCAAUUUUGCCUUCGUCUUGGCGUAUUAAUGCACAGGAUAAGGACUACAGUGAAAUACUGAAGUCAGAUCAACACUCAUUUUAAUUAGUGUCCCAAUUAAAUUAGAGGAUCUAAAAUAUCAUCUGUUCUAUGUGGUAUUUCUUAGUAUCAAUUUAACUACUGAUCAAGUGUUUUGUACAGUCUCAUGCCAGACCCCUCGCCAGUUCUACUCCUAAACUGGU